AUGGUGUCCGAGCUGCUCAAGACCCGCUUCGAGGUCGCGCAGCAGCAGGCCAACACCAAGGGCAUGGAGCAAGAACAGGAUGUCGUCCUCCCCAACGGGAUCAGGCACUACGAGAUGCGCGUCGGUGGCAGCGACGUCCCGCGGACGGGCGACCUGGUGGUGAUCGACCUGCAGGGCCGGGUGGCCGGCAGCGGCAGGGAGGCGUUCGUGGACACGUUCGGCGACGGCAAGCGGCCGCUGGCGCUGGUGAUGGGCUCCCGGCCGUACACCAGGGGCAUGUGCGAGGGCGUCGAGUACGUGCUGCGCUCCAUGAGGGCCGGCGGCAAGCGGCGGGUGGUCGUCCCGCCGGGCCUCGCGUUCGGCGACGACGGCGCCGACUUCGGGGAGGAACACGUCCAGAUCCCGCCCGGCGCCACGCUCGAGUACGUCGUGCAGGUCGACAAGGUGUCCAUCGCGCCGGCGUGA